AUGGAGAAAAAGUACAUAUCAUCAGAUGAACUUUCAAAGCACAACAAGAAAGGAGAUCUAUGGAUCUCAAUUCAGGGUAAGGUUUACAAUGUUUCCGAUUGGGGUCAACAUCACCCUGGCGGAGAGGUUGUUUUGUUGAAUCUCGCUGGCCAGGAUGUCACCGACGCGUUUAUAGCGUAUCAUCCUGGUACUGCAUGGAAACAUCUUGACAAUUUUUUUACCGGCUUUUACCUUGAUGAUUUUAAGGUUUCUGAGGUUUCUAAGGAUUAUAGGAGACUUGUUUCUGAGUUUGUCAAACUGGGUUUGUUUGAAAAGAAAGAACAUGUUACUCUCUUCACAUUAACUUCUGUUGCUAUUAUGUUUUCUAUUGUUGUUUAUGGCGUUGUUGGCUGUGACAGUGUUUGGGCUCAUUUGGGUUCUGGGAUGUUGUUGGGUUUGCUUUGGAUGCAAAGUACUUAUGUUGGUCAUGAUUCUGGCCACUACGAGGUUAUGUCAAGUCGGGGUUAUAAUAAAUUGGCUCAGAUUAUAUGUGGAAAUUGUUUGACUGCAUAUCCCGGUUUUCGCGGUCUCCUCGCGCUUGUUUGGCUGAACUUGUAUCUUCAGACUUUCUUGCUCUUGUUUUCGCCGACCCGAAAUGUCCCUGAUAGACUCUAUAACAUUAUGGGGAUUGCCGUGUUCUGGACUUGGUUCCCUCUUCUGUUGUCAUGCCUACCUAGUUGGCCGGAGAGGUUGAUGUUUGUUCUUGCUUGUUUUGUGGUUUGUUCCAUCCAACAUCUUCAAUUCUGUUUGAAUCAUUUCGCUGCUAACGUCUACGUCGGUCCUCCGAGCGGAAACGAUUGGUUUGAGAAGCAGACUAGCGGAACAUUGGAUAUCUCUUGUUCCACAUGGAUGGAUUGGUUCUUUGGUGGUUUGCAGUUUCAGCUUGAGCAUCAUUUGUUUCCAAGGCUACCUAGAGCUCAAUUGAGGAAGGUUUCACCAUUGGUGAUUGAUCUUUGCAAGAAACAUAAUUUGCCUUAUAGAAGUUUGACAUUUGUUGAGGCAAAUCUCUGGACUCUCAAGACUCUCAGAACUGCCGCACUGCAAGCUAGGGAUUUCACUAAUGCUGCUCCACAGAACUUGUUGUGGGAAGCUUUUAAUACUCAUGGAUGA